AUGGAGCCUCUGCGGGGGAUGCUGCUCCCAUUCGUCUCGAUGAUUCUGGGGUUAUCCCGGGUGAGAGCCAGCGAUGUCAUGGAGGAGCUGGCCACGGAGAAGGAGGCAGAGGAAAGUCAUCGCCAGGACAGCGUUAACUUGCUCACAUUCAUCUUGCUUCUGACGCUGACGAUCCUCACCAUUUGGUUGUUCAAGCACAGGCGCGUGCGUUUCCUCCACGAGACCGGGUUAGCGAUGAUUUACGGUCUUCUGGUCGGAGUGAUUCUACGAUACGGCAUCCCGGCCACGAGUUACCACAACCAGACCCCUCUGAGCUGCUCCCUGAAGGAGGGUCCCGCCAGCACCCUCCUGCUCAACGUCAGCGGCAAGUUCUUUGAGUACAGCCUCAAAGGAGAGAUCAACCUGAGAGAGAUUCACAAUGUGGAGCAGAAUGACAUGCUCCGGAAGGUGACAUUUGAUCCAGAGGUUUUCUUCAACAUCCUGCUGCCUCCAAUCAUCUUCCACGCAGGAUACAGCCUUAAAAAGAGACACUUUUUCAGAAAUCUGGGUUCCAUUCUAACAUACGCCUUCAUUGGAACAGCUGUGUCCUGUUUUGUUAUUGGGAAUCUUAUGUACGGAGUGGUGAAGCUGAUGCAGGUCACAGGACAGCUCAUGGAGAAGUUCUACUACACCGACUGCUUGUUCUUUGGUGCCAUUGUUUCAGCGACGGACCCAGUGACCGUGUUGGCCAUCUUCAACGACCUUCACGCGGACGGAGACCUCUACGCUCUGCUGUUCGGAGAGAGCGUCAUGAACGAUGCCGUUGCUAUAGUUUUAUCAUCGUCUAUCGUAGCGUACCAGCCCACUGGCGCCAACUCUCACCAGUUUGAUGCGUUCGCCCUCUUUAAGUCGAUUGGAGUGUUUCUGGGGAUCUUCAGCGGUUCUUUCGUGAUGGGAGCUGCCACUGGAGUCUUCACAAAGCUUCACUACUUCCCUCUUCUGGAGACGGCUCUGUUUUUCCUCAUGUCGUGGAGCACCUUCCUGUUGGCCGAGGCCUGUGGAUUUACUGGAGUUGUGGCUGUGUUGUUCUGUGGGAUCACGCAGGCUCACUACACCUGCAACAACCUCUCAGAGGAGUCCAAUAAACGCACCAAACAGCUCUUUGAAGUUCUGCACUUUCUGGCUGAAAACUUCAUCUUCUCGUACAUGGGUCUGGCUCUGUUUACCUUCCAGAACCACAUCUUCAACCCCAUCUUCAUCGUCGGAGCUUUUCUCGCCAUAUUCAUCGGCCGGGCCAUGAAUAUAUACCCUCUCUCGUUCCUUCUCAACCUUGGACGCCGACAUAAAAUCACCGGAAAUUUCCAACACAUGAUGAUGUUUGCUGGUCUACGUGGAGCCAUGGCGUUCGCCCUGGCCAUCAGAGACACGGCCACCGCGGCACGCCAGAUGAUGUUCAGUACGACUCUCCUCAUUGUCUUCUUCACCGUCUGGGUUUUUGGAGGCGGCACCACGGCCAUGCUCUCCUGGCUGCACAUCAGGGUCGGGGUGGAUCCGGAUCAGGACCCUCAACCCACAGAGGGCAGCUUCCAAGUUCUUCAAGGAGACGGCUCCCGGAACCAGAGUAAGACCAAACAGGAAAGUGCUUGGCUCUUCCGACUCUGGUACACAUUCGACCACAAUUAUAUGAAGCCCCUGCUGACCCACAGUGGGCCCCCCCUCACCUCUACUCUGCCCAGCUACUGUGGACCCCUGGCCAGCUGCCUCACCAGCCCUCAGGCCUACGAGGAGGAGGACCAGGCGCGGGACCCAGACAGUGACCUGAUCCAUAACGACCAGGACCUGACCUUCAUGUUCGGAGACACGUCCCUUUCUGCUAACGGGACGUCCGGAGCCAGAGCAGAGUCCAACGACUGGGGAGCGAACGGGAAGAGGAGCAGCAGCACGUCCGAGGAAGCACUGGAGCGAGAUCUGGACUCCAGGGACCAAGAGUUAUGCCGAGGGACAAGACUGGUUUUUCCCACGCAAGACUGA